UUUAUAUUGACAAUAUGACAAUCGUUUUCGUAGUUUGAUUUGACAUAUUGUUUUAACGAGUAAUUCUGAUCAAAAAUUUUUAUAUAUAAUUUAAAAAAUGUCACGAGAUAUCGUUAUUCUAACACCAAAUGGAAGGAGAGUAAAAGUACAUUGUACUGCAGACACAAAUAUUUUACAGCUCUUAGAAGAUGUAUGUGCUAAACAAGGACUUGAACCAAAUGAUUAUGAUUUAAAACACCAUAAACAUAUUUUAGAUUUAACAACAACAGUUAGAUUUUGUAAUUUACCUAAUAAGGCCUUUCUUGAAUUGGUUGAAGCUGAAAAGAAAAGAGUAGAAUCAAAUGUUACUAUAGGACUUACAUUGAAUGAUGGUGAAAGACUUACUGGUGAUUUUUCACCAAAUAUAUCACUUUAUGAUUUAAUAACAUUAUUGGCUCCAAAUGAGCUUCAGCAAUUAAAAAAUCCAACUAUUUCGUACAUGAGACAAGAAGUAACUGGUGUUUCUGCCUUAAAGGAAAAAUCUUUAAGGCAACUAGGACUAAUAGCAGGCAGGGCUGUUCUGAGGUUGUUAGAUAAAACAGAAGCAACGCAAGCAAAUGUAUCAUCAGUCUAUCGACGUGUCAAAACUGAAACACCUGAGAGUGAUUUAAAAGCUUCUGCAAAACAAACACUUCCUGAUAAAAAUGAACAUUUGAAUUCUGAUGAUUUAUGUAAACCUGGUCCUUCCACUACUAAAGAUGAGAUUGUACCAAAGUUUUUUGAUCCAGUGAAACUAAUACAAAAAGAAAAACAACAGAAAGAGAUAACAAUAGAGGUAAAACCAGAAAGUAGUAAAGUUGAUGAACUUGAGACAGUUGAAAAUAUUGCAGUCCACAACAAAAAUCCUGUAACCAAAUCAUGUAAAAGUGUAGCACAUGAGCCUCCGCAAACUUUAAUGACUCAAGAGUUACUUGAAAGGCGUCUAAAGAUAGAGGAUGAAGUUACAUUUAUUGGGUCGCAAAAAGCAAUAGCUUUUAUGCAACCUGACGGAAAUGAAGAGGAAUUGUCUGAUUUACCAGAUGAUUUCUAUGAGUUAACUAUUGAAGAAGUAAGAAAAAUUUAUCAUGAGUUGCAAAAGCGUCGUAUUGAACUAGAAAACACGCCAAUGCUUACAUCAACAAAGAGAGAAGAAUUUGCACAGCAGGAAACGGCUUCAAAAUUGAACACAUAUAAAAAUGUUGUCGUAAGAAUACAAUUUCCUGAUAAUAUAAUACUCCAAGGUGUAUUCAAUCCAAACAAUACAUUAGAAGAUGUGCAAAAUUUCAUUAAAGAACAUUUACAAGUUCAAGAUAAACCCUUUCAUAUAUUCACAACGCCACUCAAAGAAACUUUAGAUCCAAAAACAACAUUACUCGAAGCAAAAUUUGUACCCUGUGUUCACAUGCAUUUUAAAUGGCUAGAAGAUAAUUCAGGUCCACCAUAUUUAAAAGAAGAAAUUUACUCAAAGAAGACAACAAAUGAUGCAGCUUAUAUUUUAGCAUCAAAGUAUCGUGCACCUAGCAGAAGAAAAUUAGAAGAUUCACCUAAUAAGUCACAUAAAUCUAAUAAUGAGACAACAGGUACUAAACAAAGUAAAGUGCCUAAGUGGUUUAAGAAAUAGAAAGUUAUAAUAGGGGAUUGGACAAAUUAUCAGAAAAUGUCUUAAAUUAAUCUUUAUG